UUUUAUACUAGACUAGAGUAGGCUACAACUUCCAUUUUAGUUUCUCCUCUCUUAUUCUUCUCCGCUUUCACUAACGCGCAGGCUCCAUGGAAAAAGCUCCAGAUGCUGACGGCGACAGUGGCGAUGGCGAUGGCGGCCCCGGCCCCGGCGCCGGCGCCGGCGAAGGCUCCCCACCCCUCACCUAUAAGACAUGGAUCUUGAGAGUGUCAAUUCAUUGUGGCGGAUGCAAAAAGAAAGUAAAGAAAGUCCUUCAAAAUAUUGAAGGAGUGUAUAAGAUAGAGAUAGAUUCCAAACAGCACAGAGUUGAGGUAACGGGCAACGUCGAAUCUGGGACGUUGAUCAAGAAGCUCAUCAGAUCGGGAAAAAAUGCCGAGCUUUGGUCGGAAAAACAGUCAAAAGAUGGCGACGCCGCCGCCGGCGACAGCGGCGAGAAGAGAGUAGAUCUAGCAGACGGCCCGAAAAACGGCUGCGACUCUUCCGGUGAGGAUCACGCGGAGGAGAAGGGCGACGGGCAGGUUGCCGCAGCUCAGGGUGGCGGCGGCGGAGGUAAGAAGAAGAAGAAGAAGAAAAAGAAGAAGGGCAAUGCCGGCGGUGCACCUGCACCUGCACCAGCACCGGCACCUGGUGGCAGUGGAUGGCCUCCGCCGGCUGCAGCCAGUGGUGGGCCCGUUGAUCAGGCGAAUGAGAGUUGUCCACGUCAGCAAGUGUUCAGUUAUCCGCAGUUCUACUAUCCUGCGGCGGAGUAUGGGAUGAGCUACAACAGUGCGCCACCAAAUGCGAGUAUGGCUAAUUCGUAUUAUACGUUGCCUAUGUAUUCUUAUGCAUAUGAGUCUUAUCCUACAAAUCUAUCGUCUGAUUCCAUUAUAGAUUUUAAUCAUGAUGAGACGGGUUGCUCCAUCACGUGAUUCUAUUUUCACCGUUGUUGGGGAAAUUAAGGUGAAUGUCUAAUUAAUAUAGUUAAUUAAUUCGUGAAGUUACUCUAGUUAAGCCCUUUUGCAUAUGUGUAAUAGAGAGUAUGUGUAUAAAGAGUAAGCUAUAUAUAGUUUGAGCAACUCUCUUACAAAUCAACUACUUAAUACUCCUUCGUUUUUCUUUAA